AACUUCAUGUUGAAUAUUUUGCAGGAGAGGUUGUUUGACUCGUUGCUCCCAUUUUAUUGAAAACACAUUUUGCAAAACAUCAAGACAAAAGUAUGGCCGGAUUAUUCGUUAAAACUUUUCGUACAGUUGUAAGAAGCUCUUUAGGUGUACGAUCUUUCGCCACACGACCGGUAGCAAUAACGUUGGCAAAUAAAUGUAAUGAUAAACUACAAAAUUCUCUACAAAUGAAAUCAAGUUCUAUAAACUCCGUACAGAGAUUUGUUAGACCACAAGAACGAAGUUACAGUUCUAAGCCACCGCUGACUUUGCAACUCAUUUCAGAUAGAGUCCUGUUAGUGUUAAAAUUGUAUGACAAAAUUAACCCUGAAAAGUUGACUCUACAAUCUCAUUUCAUCAAUGACUUAGGAUUAGAUUCACUAGAUCAUGUAGAAGUUAUAAUGGCAAUGGAGGACGAAUUCGGUUUUGAAAUUCCAGAUGCUGAUGCUGAAAAAUUGUUGAAACCUGCAGAUAUUGUGAGAUAUGUUGGAGAUAAAGAAGAUAUAUAUGAAUAAUUUGUAAUUUAAAUUACUGUAAUCUGUCAUAUAUAGCAUUAUCUUUUAAGUUUAUUAAAUAAAUGUAAAUUAUUGUUUGUAGUGUUUUUUAAAAUUAUUUCCUUUUAGCGAGUGCUGCAUGUAAAAAAAACCACUAUUUGUUGUAGAGAAAAUAAAUUAUAUUUUCUAGUAUAUAACUUUGGAUUAUAAAUAUUGUUUGAUUAACUAUUGGAAUAAAAAUAUUGAUCACACAUGGCUUGC